CUGGAUAGGCCUAUCCUUGUUUAAUUUAACAUCUAUGUGUGGCAGUAUGGUUUCAAUAGAGUUCUUAUACACAUUUAGAAAAACAUAGACACGGGGCUAUGGAUGUCCGCUGUAUCUGGAAAGUUCUGUUUACAUUGUACUUUUUUCACUCCAUGCUAGGCUGCGAUGUAGGUGCGAGACCUCUGGGCAGUAUCACGCAUGACGUCACUGAAAGCAAGGCGAGCCUGAAUCGGAGCCAGGCAGACUCCAUCAACAACGUCAACACUUGCUUGACUAAUGAACGUAAUGGGACGCUGAUUUGCAAUAACAUGACUCAUGGCAGCGACAACAAUGACACCAUCAAGCCGGACCUCGACUACACAUAUCAGGUCGACCACUUGGGUAAGGUGAUCAGCAUCUGCUUCAAUUUCACUAACCACGGAGAAAGCAGGAACUACGACCGGUUAAUCGUGAACAUAACAGAAACCACCGACCUCGAGCUGGAUAGGAACGUGGCCACAGACAUAAAUGAGAUGAGAGUGUACCUGUCUAGGUUUUCUUUUACCUAUGGCAACGUCAACACUAGGAUUCAAAACAUAUCUGCAGUUACACGCGCCGGUAAUUUCCAAAAGUUUCGCAUUGGGCAGAAGGAUGCCCAAGUUUUCACUUUAAAACAAUGUGAUAGAUCGGGAAAUUGCUUUAACUUAAAUGGAAAUGAUACGGUCAGUAUCUGGAUAAUAAGUAUUCAGAUAGGUCUAACUGAGGUACUUAUUGCUGAUGCCUGUAUAGUUAUCUUCAUAGCUGCGAUUUAUUGGUUGAAGCUUUGGCGAAGGCGGAAUCAGUCACGUGCUAACCGACAUCGACGUAGACUCGCACGUCUGGCGUCCGCCGCGCCUGCUGGUUAAAGAAGAGAUACAGCCGCCACAUCCGCCAGUCUGUGUUCUUAGAACCGCAACUGUAUUGUGGUAUCCGUCUUCCAUCCUCUAAAAAUAGUUAUCUCGACUAAAUGUAAACGAACCCAUACUCUUAUUGCUUCGGAAUUGUUUGUUAUGGUUACUUUUAUAUUCCGUUAAUAACGUUGCUUUCAUAUUCCAGCAAU